AUGGAGGUGCCGACUCGUCCGGAAAGGGUUAAAGUCAACGGAAAAGCAUGGCGUUCCGCUACCGAUAAGUCAGUGGGGAUCUGGGUGGAAGACGUGGUCGCUGUUUUGAACAACGCUGACUACAAAGCAUUUCAGCUCGGGACAAUCGCGUUUGCCCUUAAAAUCUACGACGCACUGUACGUCGACCGUAGUUUAAGACGCCAGUAAGUUGUUUAUUGACGUAUCUCCGUCUUGGAGAGAACAUUUGAGAGUUUCACGAUGUGCGAAUAAUUAUUUAUCAGUCUGUCGGGAAAAUAGUGAGCUCGUUGUCGCACCGAAAAUUCUAUCGCCCCCGAGAAAAUCAAUUGUGUCGCUGCAAACUUAAAUUUCUUUUCACCUCAGCGACAUAAUUGGCGCAGCGACAGAGGUCUCACUAUUUUCCCGACGAACUGAUACAGUGACUGACCUGAUCCAUUGGCCAAAAACAUACUAUUUUGCAUCCGGGAAGUAUCAAAAAUGCAGCAAAAUAUCUCCCUCUCCAAGUGAAAAAACUCCGAUUUCAAACGCGUGCCCAUUCUUUUUGUGAGAGAAAGGGCGCGCAGUUCAAAACGGAGUUCUUUUUACAUUAGUUGGAGAGGGAGGCAUUUUGCCACUUUUUUGAUACUUCCCGGAUGCAAAAUGAUAAGUUUUUUCCCACUGGAUCAGCAAGAACCAAGUAGAUUUUUAUCUGUAAAAACUACAUAGCACAUUUCCAGAGGAGAAAUUGGAUUUGGCCGUGAUCCAGCCGUGCCGAAUAUUGUUGAGCUGCUGUAUCGUCACGGUCAUAUCUCCUAUCCCGGCUUAUCAAUUGCAUAUGUUGCUAAAUUGGCGCCGCUCUACAGCCUCGGCUCAUACAGAUCGGAAUUUUGCCAAGGAGACCGCACAACCGUUGACGCGGUUGGAGAGCGUGAAUGGAUGUUUGACGCAAUGGCCGCCGCUUUUCUUGAUUACCAAUCCGCAGCCCACGACUUUCGGAUAAUUCUCUCCGCUGGAGGGGGGAUUCGAAUGCCGAGGCACGUACUCCUCUCAUUUAUCAAUUCCAAUUUAAUUAUGGCACACCGACAGCAAUACAACUUUUUUCAACUAAACGAAACACGCCGUAACGAUGAUUUCAAGUUCUUCUUUCGGAUAAACCCGGAGUAUGUCAUAGAUUCCGACCUGCAAUCUAUUGGUCUCCCAUUGUUUGGCGGAAACUCUACCACGUUUAUUGCUGAAGCUGUAGACCCAAAUCCGGACAAUGUUGAAUGGGUAGUUGGAAGAAUGAUAUUCAUUAAUUAUUGCGUCUUCUUGGACUACAGACAAAACCAGAUCUCGUUUUCUAAGCUGAAGAAACAAUGA